UACAUGCUACCGGCAGCUGUCAAAUAUUUCCCUCCGAGAUUCUACGCUGCGCACUUAAGAAGAGGAACCCUUGUAUCUAUAACAGAAUAAACCAGGCUGUUUGAGAAAAAUGAACGAAGAACUUACUACUCGAGAAUUCAAAGAUUUGUCAACAUCUGAAAUUACGGAGAAAAUAUUAAAGGAAUGUGGCGGAUAUGGGUUAUUUCAAAAGAUACUCACUAUUUUUGUUUUAAUAUUUGUAAUAGUCGAUGCUCUUGGAGCUUUAGCUAUGGUAUUUAUAAGGGAGACGGUUCCAUUUGCUUGCUAUCCUGCAAAUUUCAAUGAAUCCAUGAUUCCAUCAAAUAUUUCUUUGGAUGAAUUCUUAAAUGAUGUAACUGUCAAAAAGGGGAAAUGUUCCGUGUAUAACCUGGAUACGGAAGACGGAUUCUAUGUCCUACCCACAAGUAAUUCUACGAAGGAACCGUGUAAUUACGGUCGAAAGUUCUACACUGAGGACUUGUCCUCUAUUGUAUCUGAGUUUGAGUUGGUUUGUGACAAAGAAUGGCUGAAAAAUAUUGCAGUGUCUGCAAUUUUUGCGGGUAUCCUUGUUGGAAAUUUAGUCUUUGGUAUAUUUUCAGACAGAUUCGGCCGAUAUAAAACCUUCUGCAUUGGAGAAAUAGUUUACAUGGUUUGCAGUUUAACCAAAAUAAAUGCACCAAAUUAUAUUGUGUUCGUCGUUAUGUAUUUUCUGGAAGGAUUCGGAUCUGCAGGCACCUAUAUAAUCUUAUACACCAUUCUGAUAGAAUGUGUCUCUCAGAAUUACAGAAUGCGCUUGAAUUUUGCUUUUCAUGGAACCUUCGCUGUUGGAGAAAUAAUUCUAGGCGGUGUGGCGUAUUUACUUCGUAAAUGGCAGCAUCUAUUGUAUGCUGCAUGGUUUCCACACAUUCUGAUAUUCAUUAUUGCUUUGAAAUAUCUUCCUGAAUCUCCUAGAUGGCUUCUUAAUAAACAAAGAUUCGCAGAAGCUGAAAAAUCCUUCAACAAGAUCGCAAAGUUAAAUGGAAAAGACAACGAGGAUAUGGUAAAUCUGAUUCGGGAACUUCAAAGGAAAGCUGAAAGCAAGUCCAAAUUCGAUGAUGCAGUUGUGGAAAAUGAAAAUUUUGGAUAUAAGCAAAGAAUUUCUGAAAAGCCGAAAACUGUAAUUGAUUUAUUAAAAAGGCCGCGAAGUGCGAUGAUUUCUAUAAACAUUUGGUUUAACUGGUUUGUUAACAGUAUGCUUUACUACGGAGUGACAUUAAAUUCUGUUGAAAUGUCCGGAAAUCGUUAUGUAAACUAUUUGAUGAUGGCAGUAAUAGAAAUUCCAGCCACCCUUCUUGGGUGUAUAACCUUUCAUUGGUUUGGUCAUCGUAAGCCGAUCGUUUUCUUCAUGGUAUUUGGAGGAAUUAACUGUAUUGUCUCAAACUUUGUGCCAAAAGCUAACUUUUGGUUUCCUCUGAUGUUAGCUGUUUUCGGGAAGCUGGGUGUGACAGCAUCAUUUUUCGGUAUUUAUUUAACCUCGGUAGAACUAUUUCCAACGGCUGUACGCAACAGUGGCAUGGGAACUGCUUCAUCGUUUGCUCGAGUUGGUGGAAUUCUUGCACCAAUAAUUCUUGGACUUUCCAUAUAUGGCUCUUGGAUACCUCUUAGUUUCUAUGGAGUCUUCGGAAUUGUUGCUGGAUUGCUGAUCCUUUUACUUCCCGAAAUGAAGGAUGCUUGCUUACUUCAAACAGUGGAAGAUAUGCAUAAUUUGUAGAUUUAUCAUUGAAAACUUCUUUCGAGUAAUUAAAUGGAAAGAAGAAUGAAAUAUACAAACGUCUAAUAUCAAAUUUCUAACACUAUACUGCAUUGAUUUAAGUAUUUAUUAUUUGUUACACUUACAUCAUAUUAUAACAUCUGUAAAAAUCCCAGGUGUACAGCGGUGGGUUAUAAUCGGCUGAACUGACUCCAUCAUAUUACAACUUUAUCAUUUAUCGAUACUUCACUCAAGCUGGGUUACGUAUUAUCUGGCAAUGUUACAGACACCUGUCGAAUAGAAUGGACACUAGAACGAUGGAAGUCUCACGAUGGCAAUGUAUUCUCCUGAAAGCCUUCAAGAGUGUAAAACCACGUUUAAGUUACAGAGUUAAUGUCUUCGAUAAAUUUAAUUCUUCGUCAGUAAUAGUAGCGGACACUGAGAAAAGUUUCAAGAUGGCGGAGAAAGUGUUUACCACUAUUUUGCAUGGUUUUGAGGUGAUGCAUGUUGCUGUAGGUGUUUACUUCCUGUUCAUCCUAGAUGAAGCAAAAGAGCCUAUAGAAUAAAUAUCGCAUUUAUUUAAAAAAAAAAAACAAACAAACACCGGGGUCGAUUUAUUUGACUGAAACCCUUGAAAGCGGUACCCAAAGAUGGUCGCGGUCAAAUGAGCGAAACGAGUAAAUGAGGAAUAUCGCAUCUUGAGUUCCAUAAUUAGAACGAGACUUUUGAAUGAAAAGAGGAGGAAAAGAAAGAAACAAGAAUGAAAUGAUUUUAAGGUAUUUUCUUAAAAUAAAAAAAAAAA